AGCUGGGGAAGGAGGAGCGCCGAGCGCUGCGCCCUGGCUCAGCCUGCCUGCCUGCCUGCCUUGCCCCGGGAGAAGGAGCCGCGGCUGGGCAUGCUUUGAGCGGGGGAAGCGGGCCGGCGGAGCCCCGGAGCAGCGGCGGCCACAACUUCGGGGGGCGCCUCCGACGGUGUGAUCUUCUGUUUGUAUGGAUGAAGUUACCUUGAACAACUGAACAGAUAAAGAAGCUUGAAGUCUAUCAACAUCUGCCUGCUCUUCCCCUGUAUAUUAGCGGUGGCUACCCUACAGAAGGAUGACCAUGAUGGGCGAUGCGAGUGAAAUGCUGGCCGCAGCUUUGGAGCAGAUGGAUGGCAUCAUUGCAGGGUCCAAAGCACUGGAAUACUCCAAUGGCUUGUUUGAUUGCCAAUCCCCAACGUCUCCAUUCAUGGGAAGCUUGCGAGUUCUGCAUCUGGUGGAAGACCUUCGGGGUUUGUUGGAGAUGAUGGAAAUAGAUGAAAAAGAAGGAUUGCGGUGCCAGGUCCCCGAUUCGACAGCAGAGGUUUUGAUGGAAUGGCUGCAAAACCAAAUGAUUAAUGGACAUUUGUCUGCUAACGGAGAUGUCUACCAGGAACGGCUGACUCGGCUGGAAAGUGAUAAGGAAUCUCUUGUUCUGCAAGUGAGUGUCCUUACUGACCAAGUGGAUGCUCAGGGAGAGAAGAUCAGGGAUUUGGAAUUGUGCCUGGAGGAAAACAGAGAGAAGCUGAAUGCAACGGAAGAAAUGUUACAGCAGGAGCUCUUAAGCAGAACAUCUCUUGAAACUCAGAAGUUGGAUCUCAUGGCUGAAGUCUCCAACCUGAAGCUUAAGCUGACUGCAGUGGAAAAGGACAGGAUGGAUUGUGAAGACAAAUUCAGAGAUGCAGAUGAUUUGAUGCAGGAGGUUAAUGAUUUGCGCCUAAAAGUAGAAGAUAUGGACAGGGAAAGACUUCAAUAUGAGAAAAAGCUUAAGUCUACCAAAUCUUUAAUGGCCAAACUUUCUAGCAUGAAAAUCAAAGUGGGCCAGAUGCAGUAUGAAAAACAGCGGAUGGAGCAAAAAUGCCAAAUGCUGAAGGAAGAACUAUUGUUUUUAAAAGAGAAAUUAGAACAGAAGGAAUCAGAAAUAAAACGAUUGCAAGAAAAACUGGCCCUUCAAGGGAAAGGAGACGUUGACCUAAAUGGCAAAGAUGACAAUUGUAAAAAGAAGCUGAAAGAUAAAAAUGUUGAGGUCCAAAAGAUGAAGAAGGCCGUGGAAUCUUUAUUGGCGGCGAAUGAAGAAAAGGAUCGGAAGAUUGAGGAUCUUCGUCAGUCCCUUAAUCGCUACAAGAAGGUGCAGGAUAUGGUGAUUUUGGCUCAAGGGAAGAAAGGCAAGGAUGAUGAAUAUGAGGACUCUGGGAGUCCAGUAUCGGUUUCCUCAAUCUUGUUAGAACCGCAGACUCUAAGCGAAGGGGAGAAAACUCCAUCUUCUACACCGCUCUCAAGUUCUCCGAAUCACGAAGACUUGAGGACAAAAAGUUCUGAAGAGACUUCCAUCCAGCUCCACACUAGUGUCUUGCAAGUUUCCCUUCCUUCUUUUUCACAGUCAUUCAGACAUUCAGAAGAACAGACUGAUAAAGGAAACAACCCAUCCAAGAUAGAAAUUGCAUGUGAAAACAGUGAAAAACACCCAGCGGUGGUUUCCAUAGAAACCCAGCUAAGUGAUACAAAAAUCUCAGCUCUACAAAAAUCUAGCAGUCUUGGAAACUUGAAGAAAGAAGCCUCAGAGGAUAAAGAGUCCAGAGACAAGCAAGAAGAGAAUAAAUCGCCAGUGGAGAAUAGCAAAUAUGUGACACUCCCUUGCAAGUCUCCGGCUGAAGAAGACGCUUUUGGGUCUCGCAAAGCCAGGUCUUCCUUCGGCCGAGGCUUCUUCAAGAUCAAAAGUAACAAAAGAACGGCAAGCGCUCCUAACUUGGAUCGCAGCCGAAGCGCCAGUGCUCCCAUCUUAGCAGAGACUGAGAAAGAAUCUCCCGAUCACCUAGAUCUAGCUGGCUUCCCUUGUCAACCAAAAGGGGCAGAAGGUGGACCUCUGACGCCACCUUCUCCUGACUCCAAGAAGAAAGCGAGAGGAAUCAAGAAGCUGUUCGGCAGGCUAAGGAGAAGCCAAUCUACCACGUUUAAUCCUGAUGAUAUGACGGAAACCGAGUUCAAAAGAGGAGGAACGAGAGCGACGGCCGGUCCCAGGCUAGGCUGGUCAAGAGAUCUUGGACAAUCCAAUAAUGAUUUGGACAUGCCAUUUGCUAAAUGGACGAAAGAACAAGUUUGUAACUGGCUACACGAUCAGGGCCUGGGUUUUUACAUCGGCAAUGGAAAACACUGGAUACUGUCUGGUCAAACCCUUUUGCAAGCAUCUCAGACCGAUUUAGAGAAGGAACUUGGAAUAAAGCAUCUGCUACAUCGGAAAAAGCUUCAACUUGCACUUCAGGCUUUGGGUUCAGAAGAAGAAAACAACCACGGAAAAUUGGACUAUAAUUGGGUUACACGGUGGCUGGAUGACAUCGGGCUGCCCCAGUACAAGACACAAUUUGACGAAGGCAAGGUGGACGGCCGAAUGCUUCAUUACAUGACCAUUGAUGACUUGUUAUCCUUGAAAGUUCUGAGCGUCCUCCACCAUCUGAGCAUCAAGCGUGCCAUCCAGGUCCUCAGAAUAAACAACUUUGAACCCAACUGUCUUCGCAGGAGACCAUCUGAUGAGAAUAACAUCACCCCAUCAGAAGUUUCCCAGUGGACGAACCAUCGAGUGAUGGAAUGGUUGCGUUCUGUUGAUCUGGCUGAAUACGCUCCUAAUUUAAGAGGAAGCGGUGUUCACGGUGGCUUAAUGGUUCUGGAACCUCGUUUUAACGUAGAGACCUUGGCACAGCUGCUGAACAUCCCACCAAACAAGACGCUGCUGAGACGGCACUUGGCCACCCAUUUUAAUUUGCUGAUUGGAAGCAAAGCUCAACAAGAAAAAUGCGAGGCCAUGGAAGCUCCUGAUUAUGUCCUUCUCACAGCUACUGCCAAAGUGAAGCCAAAGAAACUGCCCUUCAGUAACUUUGGAAAUUUGAGAAAGAAGAAGCAAGAAGACGGGGAAGAGUAUGUGUGCCCGAUGGACUUGGGUCAGGUGGCGGGACCUGGAUCCAAAAAAGGAUUUAAGGCGGGUUUAGACGUCAGAAUGUACGAUGACGACGAUCUGGACAGAUUGGAACAGAUGGAAGAUUCUGAAGGGACUGUGAGGCAGAUUGGGGCAUUUUCUGAAGGCAUCAACAACUUGACCCACAUGUUGAAAGAAGAUGACAUGUUUAGAGACUUGGCCACGUGUUCUCCCAGUGCCAGCAUCACAGAUGAGGACUCCAAUGUGUGACAGGGUCAGCAAGGGACCUAUUUUGGCAUCCCGCUUCUGUAUGCGAUGGACACCGCACCUUGUGUGAAGUAAUUUUUGCUUCUGUUCGCAAGAACUGAUGGCGCAGAGGGGUGAGAUCGUAAGAGGUUCUUAUCCAUCCAAAUUCUGGUAAAUUGAUGAGAUGAGAAGAGAGGACGUCAUAAUCCCCUCCCCUUUUUUCCCUCUUGCGUAGCAAUCUGUGCCAACCUUUUUAAUAAGACUCUACAGCAUAAUGUUUUAGCGUCCACAAUGUGCCACAAUGUACCCUUGUAAUUUUCUUUUUCUUCCAGUAAUGCAAAAAAAAAGGGGGGGGGGAACACACCAACUACAGACCCCCUGACAGUAGCAUCCAUUGUCAAGGUAUCUGCAGAAAAUUUUUUUUCCCCGUUUUCCUCUUCAAAUCGGCUGCGUAACCUCUUGUGUUGAAAAAUCUUGUAUGUUUUUUUUUAAAAUGCAGUUUUUAUGAAAAAGAAAAAAAAAUGUAUCGAGUACAUAAUGGAUCGGAAGUUUUAUACUGUGAUGUAAGGUGAUACCGUAAAGCCUAAAAGCCAGCUGGAUACUGGAGAAGUCCAUUCCUCUUGCAAAUUGCUCGCGUGGAAUUGCAGGCCCGUUUUUGCAAGCGGGAUCUGCUCUCUGACACGAGGAAUGAAAUAAUUAAAAAUGUCCCUGAACGUGCCAUGGGAAAACGUGUCCCUUUCCCCUUUAUAAAAUACGGUUUUUAAUAGGGUUUUAAACUUUAGUUGUUGCAACUGAAAAUCUGGAGAGAGAGACACACACACACAACAACGUGUGGCUUUCUACAUCCACAAAGCCAAUUUUUCCCCCCCUUUUCCCCCACGUACUGGAUUGCAAAAUUUUAUAACGAUGAGGGAUUUUAGCCAAUUCAUGCUAUUUUACAGUAUUAAAUUCAAAUACGAACUCUUGCCUUUGACUUACCAUUUGUGAUAACGUACCAUAUUGAAUGUUUAUGCUUGUUUUUUUAAAAGAUAAAGCAUGUCUUUUUUUUAACUAUAUAUAUAUUUUUUAAAUGAUCAUACUUGUCAAAUUAGCCACUGAAAACCGUGGGCCGGCCUCUCGCUCUCUCUUUUCCUUUCCAAUAUCACUUUCCAAUAUUUUACUUUUAAUUUCCUUUUUCUUUGGCUAAAAUGAUGGGGAUGCAAAGAUUUGGAAUUUACUCUCUGAAUGAUCGGCUGGUGCUAUAAAGAUAAUGUUGACCUCAACGUUGGAAUUGCUGAUCCAAAGAUUUUUGCAAGAAUAGCUAAUUAGGUUUUUGGCAUGUAAUCAGGUACCAAUGUUAGUGAUGGUUAGUGUAUCCCUUCCAUUGAAUCUCAUUCAUUCAGCUCACGGGAUUGUAAUAUUUUAGAUGGGAUCUGGAUAAAAAGACUUCCAAUGUUUCAUCUCAUCAAAAACAAUUUGUUUCCUGAAAUUUUUCAAUAGUAGUUACAUUUCCUUUUCUGACGAGCUUUGGUUUCAUUUCUGAGAUAUGUAAAAUUGGGUUGAAACCGAAUUCUCUGCUAACUGGUGCUGAUCUGAACAUUUCUGCUCCAUGCUCAUUUAUUUAUAGUUGGAACCAUGAUUAAAAUUCAUUGCACUCUUGCUCAAUACAAUAAUCGGUUUUUACCUUUUUAAUGUCUCAAAAAGCUUCCUCAGUAUGGUCUAUGCAACAAGGACUCCCUUAAUAAUUUUCAAAAUGUGUUCAUAACCGUUUUGGUUCAUUGGGUUCCUGAGCCUGUUCAAGUGAAGGCAGACAACUUUUGUAAAUAAAUGUAAUUUAUGAAUUAAGGAAUUAGCUUCCUUAAUUAAAAGAAAAACACGGCCCUACCAGCAGCCCACUCAGGUUAUUGGCAAAAUUUGUCUAAUUAUAAAAUUGUGUCUUCUACUCUCUAGAAACAGGUUUUGCACUAUUUGGAUAUAAUACACCCAGAAAAGCAAGCUCAGAUGCAAAAUCAUGUUAAUCCAAAGAAUCAAAUCACAAUGUAACUAUUUUUUUUUUAAAAAAAUAGCUGUUGUGCAUUAUGAAGAGAAUCAGAUAUAUUAAUUUUUACUAUCGUUUUUUUCUGGUUAGGUAAAUAGUUAUUAUUACUACGGGUCUGGGGAGAGUAAUAUAAGACUCAUAAUUAAGCCAAGUGGUUUAUAUAAAUGCACAUGAAAUGAAAUAUCAUUAUGGUAUUUUAUUGGGAUGUUUAUCUAUGAAGAGGUCAGUGGAAGUAUAUGUAUUGCUGUGUUAAAUAAAUAAAAACCUACUGAAAAAUAAAA